ACUGACACCAAAGAGGAAAAAACCGAUCAGUCACCUCCCUCCCUCGACGGACCACCGUCGUCUCUGCGAUUGCGCCGACGACCCAUGGACGAGAUGACGAAGAAAGAGGCGGCCACCGCGUGGGGCUGGCUGCUGGAAGCACUGGCGGGAUUCAAAGAGGUUGGGUUGCCGCUUUUGCACGAUUUGAUCGAAAUGGCUCCCGAUUUACCCGAUGGUUUGGAGAGGAAAGUGAGCGAAAGGGUCGCUCUGAGAACUUUGGAGGACUUGUUUCCUCCUCGCAACGAUGUUCUUGCUCUUCUGCCCUCGGCUUCCGCUUCUUCUUCAACCUCACCUUUGAAAUUCAGCUUCGAUUUUUCGGAACGAUGCGAAGAUGUUCUGCAGCGCAUUAUCAAUGAGACGCCGGAAUGCGAUGUGAAAACGGACGGGCCGGGGUUGUUGAAAUGGGAUGUUCAGGCUUUUAUUUUGCACAAACGGGCUUCUAUGCCGAAAUGUGUUUUGGGGCAGAUCAAAGAUUCGAUUCUUGACGGUACGCAUCCGUAUGCUGAUUUCUUGAUACGAAAGAGCGGAUUAGCAUCGAAUAGGGACGGUUGUAAUGAUGGAGUUUCUGUGAGUGGUGGUAAUAGGAGGUUUAAGGGGAGCUGCUCUAAUGCUCGAAACACGAGAGUAGAAGGGAAUGAUGCAAAUGUGUUGCCUUCAAAGAGGGUCAGGAUUUCUUCAGAUGGAAAUGUGGCUGGUGGGAACUGUGUUAGGGUAAAUGAUUUUGAUGAUUCACUUAGAAUUGCCAUGAAGAUGAAUCGGGUGCAAAACACAAGAGUUGAAGGAAAUGAAGCAAAUGUACUGCCUUCGAAGAGGGACAGAGUUGGCCCGGAUAUUGGAAACCUGGUGGAUGAAAACCAUGUUACCGUGAAUGAUUCUGACGAUUCACUUAGAAACGCCAAGAAGAUGAAGGGGGGUGCCUCUUUUGUUUCGCAGUGUGUAGAACACAACCCAGUUUCUUUACCUCAAAGAGAGCAGUUGGAAGAUUUGUCUGAAAGAGAUGUUUCAGUUAUUGAGAGUGAAAGGUGUGUUUUGGGCCCGAAUAGUUGUGGACUGAAUAGGGAGGACAUAAUCCCUACGAGUCAGUUAGAAAGUCCUUGUGCUGCUGAAGGCAGAGAUGAUGUUGAACAUUGUCUUGAAGCAACAACAUCGGGUGUUGUUCAUCCAGUUGAAACCCAGCAUACAGUGUGUGCCAAAGACUCUGAUUGUAAUAGGGAGCAUGGUUCUCAGGUUAAAGUAGUGCAUGCUGUGUCUGCAGAUGGAUCCCCACGGAAGACAAUUGCUGAUGGAGCCACAGAGAUUAUAGAUAUUCAUUCCGAGUCAAGGGAUAGUGAUGAGCAUAAUAAUGGGGAGAUUGAUGUCACCACAAAGAAGCAUGGUUUUUUGACCUCCCAAUGCACAUUAAAUCGUGCUUACUCAGAGACAACUGAUUGGAUGGAGGAAAAUAUUUGUGUGAAGUGUAAUGAAGGUGCUCAGCUGUUGAUAUGUACUAUCAUUGAUUGCCCUUUGGCAUAUCAUGAAAAAUGUCUUGGUUCCGAAUUCAUUUGUUAUGAGAAGGGUAACUUCAUCUGCCCCUUAUGCUCGCACUCGCUUGCUUUUAAGAAGUACCUAGAAUCUAAGAAAGAAACUUCUCGCUUAAAGAAAAAUCUAGAUACCUUUAUGUGUUCUGUUUUGGAACAGCAGCCAGUGGAAUUUCUAGGAAGGAAGUCUGAUGACGAUCUUCUUGAAAAAAGACUUCGAAAUGGGAAUUUGGGGGAGAAGCAUGUGUAGAUGGAGUCGAUGACCUUCAAUUUCAGAAUAUGGUGGUAACCAGGUACCAUCUCCUAUAUAUAUUGACGUCAAUAGGUUUAGAGACAAUGGGAAACAGGAACUGCAUUGUGUACAAAUACUAUCGGAUGGUAAUCCUCCUCAAGAGGCCACGAAACUUUUCUCUGCCUUAACUUUGGAGUUGCCAGGCACGUGCAAGGGCGUAUUCUUCAAAUUCGUAAAUGGGAGAAAUUAUAGUUUGUGAACUUGAAAUUGAUUCAGGGCGUACUCCUUAAGAUGACUAUGAAACUCUACUACUUCCUAUUGCGCCAAAGGAGAAAAAGCCCGUGUGCAUACCUGGCAACUCCUCAGCUAAGGCGAAGAAAGGUUCCGUUGCAUGAUGAGGAGGAAGCGUCUCUCAAGAUCUGGCAGCUUAUUUCGUAGAAAUCAUUACGGAAUGUCAGCUAUAUGUAAUCUUUUGGUAGCUGGGAUGACUAUCUUAGUAAAAACCAGCUGUGUGUAUACAGUUCUUGAUGAUAUUUGAUAGAUUUUUGGGAUC